AUGCUGGCAGCAACCAUUCAAUCCUCUCGUGCGACUGCUGCCUUGAAGGCUUUCUACACUGAAGGGAAGCGGCUUAAUAUAGAACGAAUUUCAGGUCAACUACUCCCAAUGAGUCAUUGCUAUAUAAAUCUGGCGGUGGUGAAGCGCUCACUAGAGGUCGGCGAGAAUCAUCAAUCAUUCUCCCUCAUAACACGCCUCAAGGUUCAAGCAGAUAAGGACGGAGACAUAAUCACCUUGCCGUCACUAUUUGAACCACGCAAUGGACCAUCUCAGACCCCUUCGGUGCCUAAACGCAUCCUGAUUGAAGGGCGGGCCGGAGUAGGAAAGACGACUCUCUGCAAGAAGAUCGUUUAUGACCACCUGCACCAUCAAAUGUGGAGCCACCUUUUCGACUGGGUAUUGUGGGUUCCAUUGCGCAAGCUGCGACGAAGAUCGGAAACGACAGUUGCGUACAACUUGGAAAAUAUGUUUUAUGACGAAUAUUUCUCUCAACAACCUGACGGCAAAGAUUUGGCACGAGCAUUGUGGCAGGCUGUCAUCGAUCCCUCCCUUAGCAACCGAGUACUUUUCUUACUCGAUGGCCUCGAUGAAAUCUCCCGUGAAUGGGAUACAGACGCGCCAAUGCAUGAUUUUGUGUCCCAUCUACUGAAGCAACCGCAGGCCAUUAUCACGACGAGACCACGCCCCUCGGAUCAGUUCGACCUAGGGACUGUCGAUCUCGAACUAGAAACCAUAGGAUUUCUUCCUGACCAGGUAAACAAGUACAUCAACCACCCGGAGAUCGUACCCGACGGUGGGACUGCGAGAGAGAUUGAGUCAUUCUUGCAAAAGCAUACCCUUAUGCAAAACCUCAUGCGGAUCCCUGUCCAGCUGGACGCACUGUGCUUUAGUUGGGAGCGAGACUUGUUGCAAGGGAAGCAGCAGACAAUGGCCAGCAUUUAUCAGGCAAUUGUGCUGAAGCUGUGGAGAAAGGAUAUUCUGCAGCUGGGCAUUCGAGAUGACCAAGGAAUGCCGCUAACGGAGGGGAAAGUGAAAGACAUCUUCGAGUCUGACAUUGAGGAUUAUAUAUUCAAUGAGAUCAACCUAAUCGAGGGACUCGCCUUCCACGGACUCACCAAUGAUAUUAUCGAAUUUCGGUUGAAAGACCGCGAAUCGUUCUACAGACUUUUUAAACGGCUUGGAGAGAAGCUUCCUCGCGCGGGCGACCUUGUGCUUCGGAGGGUCUCAUUUCUGCGUACCUCAGAUGACACUCUCUACAGACACGAGCAAAGUUUUCAUUUCCUUCACUUGACCUUCCAAGAGUUCUUUGCAGCGAGGUAUUUUGUCAGGCACUGGCUACAGGACAAGCCUCUCCCGCUUUUUCGUGUGGGUCAACAAUCAACGAAGGACUCUUUAUUGGCACCCCAACUGUUCCUUCAGGCAAAGAAAUACGAUUUGCACUAUAAUAUCUAUUGGCGUUUUGUGGCAGGGCUUUUACAAAACUGCUGGCAGUCGAAUGCUCCAAGCGGAGAGUUGGUGAGAGAUUUCUUCGAUCAACUAGACCGUGAGCCUCGCGACAUGGUGGGACUAGCCCACCAGCGACUUACCAUGCAUUGCCUCAGUGAGGUAGCGACCGCGAGUGAUGAUGAGGUCAUUUCGGAGACGAGGUCUUCGCUUGAGAAAAGACUGCUACAAUGGGUAGAGCUCGAGUGCCAACUUAGCUCAGACCCGGAAAUGGUCGCUGAGAUGGAAUGUCCAAGCCACAUCAUCACAACACUUCUCGGGCCGGGCUACGAAAGGUAUCACGGACAAAUUCUAAAGACCUUAGAUCGCGGAAAAAUACAAAUAUCCCAAGAUGUACUUGAUGCAGCAACUUUGUUGCUCAAAAGAAAUGCGUCUGUCUCAGUGAGACAAUGUGCAGUAGCUUUGUUAUCAAGGACCCCGGACACGAUAACAGCAGAGAUUGAGAGAAUCCUAGUUCGAGACCUCCACCAGGGUUAUUCUGGUACCCGUCAGUACACAGCCAGCGCCUUGUUUAAGAGGUUUCUCUCCAAUAAUGCCAUCCGGGAUCUGGUACCGCUGCUACGGCAUCAUGAUAAGAAUAUCAGCUUGGAUAGUAUCAAAGCCCUAAAGGCAGCGGUCGACCUUCCUGAGAACGUUAUACAAAAUCUGAUGUCCCUCUUUUGGGAUGAUGAGAUUGUCUAUCCCGACCGCACGCCAGCGCCGAUUUUAGCACCUCAAAAGAAAUUCUCAGAUAGCACUAUCUUGUCUCUCGGUACGCAUCUCAAUGAUAACCUAGGCUGCGUACGCUACAGGGCGGCGGCCGCUUUACAGGUCAAGAAGACUUUACUCCCCGAUUGGAUUGUUAAAAACCUGGUACAGCUCCUUGAAGAUGAAUCUUCAAGUGUACGGUUCGCCGCAUGCAAAGCACUGUGCGCUCAGAAAACCCUUCCGAAGGAGGUUCUCUUUACUGUGAUUCCCGUGCUCAAUAAAAGUGUAGAGUUUAUGAUAAAUGGCUUCCUCAACGACAAAACAGAGCAUGCAAUUAAUAUCUUGAGGAGCCAACUUGUUCUUCCAGACGAUAUCAGACAUGCGCUAAGUCUUCUACUCAAGGCAGAAGCCCCUUCUACAAAGUUCGCUGCAGGCUGGGCCUUAGCAAGCCAAGACAACCUGUCGAAUGAAACCCUCAACGGCAUGGCACUACUCCUCGAGGAAGCAAAUAUUAAUUUGGGACAACUCAGGCGCACAUUUCAGUUAUUCGAACAACAGAAAAGUCUUCGAUAUAUCAUUGUGCGAGCGUUGCACCUACAUCUCAAAGAUCGUAAUACUGAAGUGAGACGUUUCGCGGCUUGCGACCUUCAGAAGUGGCUGCCCCUUCCAGAUGAGAUUCUACAUGACUUAUUUUUAUGCCUAAAGGAUCCAAAAACAAGAUGGCUUGCAAGUAGCACAAUCGGAAAGCACUCGGCGAUCCCGGACGAGAUUAUUCCAAGCUUGCACGACCUUUUGAUGGAUAAAGACGCAGAUGUGCGUGAGUCCGCGGCCGCGGCCCUGAACAGUCAAAAAGAGCUUCCAUCGAAGUUGCUCCAUUCUCUCGUAUUCGUACUCAGACAUUGCCCGGAUGGUUAUGUUUGCUACGCAACCGAGUGGCUCAAAAGGCAGCGCCGUCUUCCUGGCGAUAUAACCAAGGCGUUGGCCAUGCUACUUGACGAUGAGCGCGGAGUGGUAAAAGAUAAAGCUAUGAUAGUGUUGCUGGCGCAGUCGCACCUGGCAGAAAAUGUACUCCAUGCCAUAGCCAUGCUACAUUUUUGCCCUCGCCUUCAAUACGGAUACGCUUGGGGUUCAUGGCUCGGUUCGAGGUCUGAUUUACCCCUCAAAACAGUCAAAGCUCUGGCAGGCCUCCUUGUGGAAGAAAACCACUCGCAUGUAGAGAGGGUUUUGAGAGUUCAAAAUUCCUUCUACCCUCUUGUACCGACGCUCAGCCGGCAGGCGCUGAAGAAUCUCUUUCGUUGUUGGAUACCCCUCGCCUUUGACAAACAGAUCUGCUGCUUUUUGGAGAAAGGCAAGCUGAUUAUCGAUGGUCCGAAAGGGAGAUUUGAACUUGAUUUCGAGAGUGAGCAGCAAAGAGAGCAGUUCAUUCAGGUCAUUCGACAGGUCCAGAUGGAUCUGGGAUUUCCUACCGCUGGCACAAGCUCUGAUGAACAGUCGCCUGUACCGAGCCGGGUCAUCCGCAAGCGAUCUGCCAAACCUGCGGGGUUUGCAAUGGAACAUCCGAACAAUAAAUUGAGAAAGUAA